CUUUUCCGUUUUGUUUCGCUUGGUCAAAAAAUACGGAGUGUGCUUUUUAUUUAAAAAUAUAAAAAUUGUGCCUUUUCUGUGAACUAAAAUGGACAUUGGAGAGUUGUUAUCCUACAAGCCUCCAAAUACUCCAAAAAGAGCAUUACCAGAAGAUCUCAUCGAAGAUGAGGAAGAGGAUGAGUGGGAAAACGUAAAACGGCGUAAGAAAGUGAUCAGAACUCCCUAUCAUCCUCGAAUGAGACAACGAGAAAUUGAAGGCACCCCGGUGAGAGGCACCCCGAUUAGAGGUACUCCGCUCAGAAGUAUUGAACCUCCCACCCCAAUUCGAUCAGAUCUUCCCUACUCAGUUCACGAUGUCGUUGAGACUGAACUCACAGAUAAGGAAAAGGAAGAUAUUCUCAAGUAUGUGGAGACUGAGGCUGUCGAGACCGAAGUUCUCGAUGAAGGUUCUCUCAAACGAAUGAUUCUUUUAUUCGAAAAGAGAGCACUCAGGAAUCAAGAGAUGAGGGUCAAAUUUCCUGAUCAACCAGAAAAAUUUAUGGAAUCGGAAAUAGAGUUGCAUGAGACGAUCCAGGAGCUAAGACAAGUUUCCACAACUCCAGAUUUGUAUCCGACAAUGGUAGAAUUGAGUUUGGUUCCUUCUUUACUCGAACUUUUGGCCCAUGAAAAUACCGACAUUGCAGUUGGCAUUGUUACUCUUUUACAAGAUCUGACAGACAUGGAAGAUCGCGAAGACACUGUCGAUAGUGUAGAUUCUUUAAUAGAUGCAUUGGUCGAACAGCAAGUUUUUGCCCUUCUCGUGCAGAAUCUUGAGAGGCUCGACGAAGCUAUUAAGGAAGAAAGCGACGGAGUCCACAAUACAAUGGCUAUUUUCGAAAAUAUUUUAGAGUUUAGACCAAUAUUGAGGACAGAAGCAGGGAAACAGGGAUUAAUGCAGUGGUUAUUAAAAAGAAUUAAAGCGAAAAUGCCGUACGAUGCGAACAAGCUUUACGCGAGCGAAUUGCUUUCAAUUCUGCUUCAGGACUCAAAAGAAAAUGCAACCCUUUUGGGAGAAUUGGAUGGAGUUGAUGUUCUUCUCCAACAAUUGGCGUACUAUAAGCGACACGAUCCUCAAAGCGCAGACGAGCAAGAGAUGAUGGAGAAUCUCUUCAAUGUUUUAUGCUCAAGUUUACUAUUAACAGUAAAUAAAGAGAGAUUUCUGCGUGGCGAAGGACUUCAACUCAUGAAUUUAAUGCUCAGAGAGAAAAAAAUGUCGAGGAACGGAUCGCUAAAGGUUCUCAGUUACGCGAUGAAUGGUCUGGACGGAAAAGACAAUUGUAACAAAUUCGUUGACAUUUUGGGACUGAGAACCAUUUUUCCCCUCUUCAUGAAAACGCCAACGAAAAAUAGAAAAAAACUGUUGCCAGUUGAACAACACGAAGAGUAUGUUGUUUGGAUUAUUGCGAGUAUGUUGAAAAAUUGUAAAGGCACUCAAAGGCAACGAUUGCUUAGUAAAUUUACGGAAAAUGAUUUCGAGAAAGUCGACAGACUCAUGGAACUUCAUUUUAAGUAUCUCGAGAAGGUGGAAGAAAUCGAAAAAGAAGCACAGGAGGAAUCUGACGAAGAAGAAUCGUAUUUAAAGAGGCUCGAUAACGGGUUAUUUAUCUUGCAAGGAGUAGAUUACAUUCUUGUAGAAGCCUGCGCUGGAUGUCCUCCAACUGUGAAACAAAGAGUGACAAGAAUUUUAUCACAAAGACGAGCUUCUCUAAAAACAAUAAGACACAUAAUGAGAGAAUAUGCGGGAAAUUUGGGAGACGCAGCAGAUCCGGAACUCAAAGAAGCAGAACAGCAACAUAUUCUGCAAUUGAUUGAUAAAUUUUAAAUCAGUCAAAGAAUGUAAAGAUUAUUGAAGAAGUACCACGUUUUUAAGGUAUUUACUUAGGCAAAGACGAUCAACUUUUUACGAAUGUACAAACAUAAGUUUAAUAAAUUAAGAGUAAAUUGACGAAUAACUGAAUAAAUGGAGACGAUUUUUCCAUUAAAAUAAUCCGAACACGAAAUAACGUUUACGAAAGUUGAAUAUUUCGGAGAUUUGUUUUAAUUUUAAGUUUCAAGGUGACGCCAAUGAAGGAAAUCGUUAAUCUGAAUGUUUAAUUUGCAAAUAAAGUUUUCAGAAAGCGA